AUGAUGCACAGACUCAGAAGAUCGCUUGACCGAGGCAGAGGAGGAGGUACACCAACAACGAACACAAAUGCAGUGCAGAUUACGGAUGUUGGCACGUCAAUAAUCCAAGGGGCACGCCCGCACCAAGAAGACAGGUUCAUAGCUCUGCAACCCGGAAGCUUCAAGUCAAACCAAGACAUCGCGCUCUUUGUGGUGCUUGAUGGACAUGCAGGCGCAAACGUAGCAGAACAUUCGCGAAAGACCCUGGCAGACUAUAUUGACGCGGCCCUUUCCAAGACCACAUCGCACUCGCAGGAGACUUACAAGGCCGCUAUUCAGGAAGCGCUCGACCAGGAAGAUGAGCAUGCUGAUCGAGAAAGUUGGGAUGAUGGUUCUACUCUCGCGCUGGCUUUGAUCGACACAGCACAGAAGAUACUUGUUGAAGCAGACGUCGGCGAUUCUCACGUGAUGCUUGCUGAACGCACCAGGCGAAACCCUAAUGAACAGAAAAAGCUCAACAAGCUGGAUAAUGCGUUGAGGGCUCACCAUCUUGCCAAGGGCAAAAAUGAGUGGAGUAUCACACGAUUGUCCACGCCUCACGACCCUGACAAUCCAGUCGAGAAGAAACGAAUUGAAGACGCUGGAGGCGAGGUAAAAUACGAUACAGGUACACCCAGGGUCGGCGCUCUCGCGAUGUCUCGCUCCCUGGGUGAUCUCGACUUGAAACUACCUAGAGUCAACAGGCUAGCCGGCCAUAAUCUCACUGAUCUGGACGGUGUCGAGACAGGCCUGAAGCCAGGUAGGAAGGCGUCAGCGAAUCUGGUCAUUAAUAAGGCACAUUUUAGUGUACGAGAUCUCAGUGGGGGAAGCUUGCUCUUUCUUUCUUCGGACGGCAUAGGUGAAGCGAGCGACGCGGAGGUGGCAACCCGACAAGCUACUAGGUGGAAAACGGAAGGAAGAUCGGCGAAGCAGAUCGCGACGGUUAUGGCUACACGUGCUGGCAAAGUCAAAAACUCCGACAAUGUUACGGUACUUGUGGUGUGCCUGGAAACGUCUAGUGGUAUGCAAUAA